AUGGGUGUCUUGAGCUGCAUGAAGUACCUGAUGUUCAUCUUCAACGUGCUGGUGUUUGCUGGGGGAACGUGCCUGGCAACCAUGGGAGUCUGGGUGGCCGUGGACCCGGCUGGUUUCCAGGGCAUCGUGGCCGCCAGGGCCGUGCUGAGCGCGGGCGCGUGGCUGCUGCUGGCCGUGGGCAUCGCCCUGUCCCUGCUGGGCUUCCUGGGCUGCUGCGGGGCCCUGCGCCGGAGCCGCCCGCUCCUGCUGCUGCCACAGUGGUCAGAGAUGUGGCAUCCAUCCCCAGGAGCUGCACUCAUGUCCCUGGUCUCGGGGACACAGGGCACAGGCAGGGAUGGUGCAGAGGAGGGCAGGGAUGACGUGAGCAAGCUGCUGGUGGGAUCACGCUGGUCUCUGACUCCUUCACCUGCUGCCUUCCAGUUCUUCAUCCUCGUCAGCCUCGUCUUCCUCAUGCAGCUCAUUGGGGCCGUUCUCUUCCUGGUGCACUGGAAACAGAGGAACUAUGGUGGGGACGAGGGUGCUGAGGUGUUCUCCACAACCUGGAACACCCUCAUGGUCAUGUUCUCGUGCUGUGGUGUUUUAGGACCCGAAGAUUUUGGGAAUGGCUCCCGCUUCCAAGAGCUGCACCCAGGGAUGCCAUGGCCACGGGCAUGCUGUGCCCGGGAUGGGCUUCUGCAGGCGGGAGAGCUCCUGGGCUGGGAGCAGUGCCGGGACAGAAGCCCUGGCUACAUCCAUGAGCAGGGCUGCUUCUCUACCUUCGGCAGGACCUUGCAGAGGUACAUCUCCCUCCCUGGGAUCUGCAGCUUAGCCGUGCUGGGCAUUGAGAUCUUUGCCAUGUUCUUCGCCUUCUGCCUUUACUACAACUUCGACUGA